AUGACGACGGCAUCGGAAGACCUAACCAUCGUGGACAAACGGCUAUUUAAAGCGAUCGGUCUGCAUCAAAUACUCAAUCCUACCCCUGGGGCCAACAGGUACUACAGGAUAGCGUACAUGGCGUCCAUGAUUAUGUCAUUCGUUGUGCAGAUCAUACAGUCGGUCGGCUUGUACUUCGCGGUAAACGAUUUGCAGAAGUUCGCGUUCACAACAACCAUGAUAUCCAACGCCUUGCUAUGCCUGUCCAAGGGGUUCGUUUUGGUGACAAACGCGGACAGGCUGCGCGACGGCCUGGAAGCGGCACGGUACGAGUUCACGUCCUGCGGGUUCCGAGACCAGCGCGCGGCGCACCAGGCACGGACGGCUCUGUCCACGGUACUCCGCACGUUCGUCGUGCUUAGCUACGUCACGUGCUUCAUCUGGAUGUUGACACCGCUAUCGCUGAUGGACGACUACCUGUCGGUGACCAACGCGGACGGUACCGUGUCCCGUUACCGAAUUACCAUCUUCAACAUCUGGUUGCCGGUGCCGGUAACCGUGUACAACGCGCCGACCGUCUGGGCUUUCAUCUACGGCGUCGAGAUGGUAGUGUGUUUCGUUAACGUGUUUAGUUGGUUGCUGUUCGACAGCUACGUGAUGACAAUGCGUUUCACGUUCAACGCACAGUUCCGCAUCUUAUCGGAUAGUUUUGCUGCCAUUGGCCAUCGUGACCAUUCGCCGCCGCCAACGCACACCGCAGGUUCAUGCCUAGCAGUUAAUCAUUAUAAUAAUAAAUCGCAUUGUUAUAAUAUUGAAUUAAUCAACCACAUACAAUUUAAUCAAAAAUUAAUAAAGAAGUAUGAUGAUUUUUUUGAAGUAAUUAAGCCUGCGAUACUAUUACAAAUAAUCAGUGGUUCAUAUUCAGUAAUAACAUUAAUAUUUCUCACUUCACUAACGUAUCUUAUGGGAUUUCCAAUCAUAUCCGGACCUGUUUUAAAAGCAUUCUUUGGUUUUUUGUCAGUUACUAUUCAACUAUUUUUGUAUUGCUAUGUCUUCAAUUAUAUAGAAACCGAGAAAUCUGCUGUGAAUUUUGGAUUGUACAGUAGUAAUUGGACUACAUUGGAUUUAAAAUUUAAAAAGACGUUGUUAUUGGCCAUGACCAUGAAUUCGGCUCACAGGCGAGUGAUGAAAGUUUCACCAAUGUCUAUCAUAAAUCUAGAAAUGUUUGCCAAUGUGAUGAACAUGUCAUAUUCCAUAGUGUCUGUUCUACUAAAUUCUAGAACCGGAAAAUGAAUCGUAUCAGCUUAUAAAUUCAACUAUACAUGAUAGAAAGGGAGUAAAAUAUUU